AUGAUCAUAUCACAGCGUUUUGGCUCGCAGAUUAUGUCCAGUCGUCGGCAAGUUAAAACCGCGUGCCAGCGCUGCCGCCAGAAACGAGAAAAGUGCAACGGAGAACAGCCCUGCAAGCGAUGCGAGCGACAGGGCGAAAUCUGCGAGUACAAGCGCUGCGAAAGGGUAUCAAAGAGCGAACUGCGCGCUGAGAUUGGAAGACUGAGGCAGCGUCUGGAAGAUGCCAAGUCGCAGCGGGCUCAGGACCAGGGCAGCAGCGCCACGACGAACGAUAGCGCCGCGCUGCAGGGCUGUUUCGAUGCCGUCAAAUGGUCUAAUUUGGAGAAGGGUCCUUUUGUGCUGCCGGGAGGGGAUCGAGCCGCAUUCUUGUCUGGUUCGAUGUCAGGAGGGAUCCCGCUGACAGCUUCGUCCUGCUUUGACCAGCUGCUCUCCUGGCGAUCUUGCCAUCCUACGUUCCAGCAGAGUAACGCGUCGGCGUCAUCUUCAUGGCCACCCUCAUAUCGUGAGCUGUCACUUCCAUUGGCACCGCUUGAUGCAUAUGCGACGCUGGCGCAGACAGACAGGUGGACGCAGGUAGGGUGGACUUGCGCACACAUCCGGCACUUGUUCGACGUCGUUUUCACUUGGGACAGUGUCUCUUUUUAUAUUCUGCGCAAGAACGAGUUUCUGCAAGACUAUGAUGCCGGUUCUUCCCGCUUUUGCUCCUCAGCUUUGGUACACGCAUUAUUGGCGCUCUCUACGAGGCUGGCCAACGAGAGAGAGGAUGACUCCUACCAUUUGCCCUCUGGCUGGCUCGGAAGCAAGUAUUUCCUGCGCAAGGCCAAAGCUCUGCUUCUAGAACAAGGAUCGGGCCAGAGCUUGCCGGACAUUCAGUCUCUGGGUAUACUGGCCCUUUAUCACAUUCGAUGUGGCCCCGAGAACGAAGCAAGAGAGCUGGCCGAAUUGUGCACCGCGGGCAUCCGCUCAUUGUGCCUUAGAGAGUGCGAUGUAAGUGAAUUGGAUGAGCUAUAUGUCAAGGUUCGAGUGACAACGUACGAUGGCGCAAUAUCGCUUCUUAGGAUGUUUGAUCUGACCACUGGGGUGCUGUUCAACGAAGCUGGAAGCACUUUGGAAGAUUCCUUGAUACUGGACCAACUCCCAUGCAAUGAUGCAGGAGCAGGUACAAUGCGUCCAGAUCUUUCUACUGCGAUAAACUUCCAGCCUGAAAACCCCCACGAUCUCAUUGCCAAAAUGUUUCAGCUCACAGAACUGGUGUACAAGGUCAUCGUUGCGAAACGAAGAGCCUCUCCAUCGAUAAAACGGUACAUCAUUGCAACAUACCACAAAUGUCUCGAGUGGUACCGCGAGAUAUUCGAGCUCGUUGGAAACGGCAGCAGCCGGAGUCCAUUUAUUCUCUUUAUUCACAUGUACUACCAUUUUUGUAUUCUCUGCACCUUUCGACCAAUUGUCGGUUUCGACUUUGCCUCUUCUGAGGUCCAGCCUCACGAGGUGUGUGUGCAAGCCGUACAGUCUAUCAUUACCCUUGCCCAGUCCUAUGACGAUCUCUUUACACUACAGCGCGUGCCAGCUUUGGUCCCGUACUUUGUAUGCGCUUCUGGACUCUUUGGCCUCGCUAUCGAAGAUAGAAAAGCAGACAUGGACUUUGUACAACUGCGUCCCAUGGCAGCAAUCAGUCCGCAGCAACCCCAUCCAUCAAACUUGCAAGUAGGCGGCUUCUUCCCUCCCGAGACGACAGCACCGUUACAGAUAAAAGUUUCGACGGUGGUCCAGGCCCGGCUUUUGCUGUCAAGAAUGGGCGCAAGUCACCCUGCGGCGGCAGUAGCCAAAAAGAAACUCAACCAAAGUCUAACAGCUUGGCGGCGGCGGUCAGGAGGAGCUGGGUCUGACUGA